CUAUUUAGCAGGUAAUUUGUAAAAUUUGUUCAAUAACCAAUUUUUUUAAACUUAAAAAACCUGAAAAUGGUGAAAGAAACCAAGUUAUAUGAUGUUCUGGGUGUAUCUUCAUCAGCCUCAGAUCCGGAACUAAAAAAGGCUUAUCGUAAACAAGCAAUCAAAUUUCACCCAGAUAAAAAUCCAGACAAUCCAGCUGCAUCAGAAAAGUUUAAAGAAAUCUCCUAUGCGUACGAAGUUUUAUCCGACCCUAAAAAACGUCGAAUUUAUGAUGAAGGCGGUGAUCAAGCACUUAAAGAGGGAAGUGGCGGAGGUGGAGGAUUCCAUUCGGCACAUGAUCUUUUUGACAUGUUUUUUGGUGGCGGAGGAUCAAGAAGCCGUCAGCCAACUAAAGGCAAAGAUGUUGUUCAUCAACUUCGUGUAUCACUCGAAGAUAUGUACAAUGGAGCCACAAAACGACUUUCUCUUCAGAAAAAUGUUAUUUGUGAUAAAUGCAAUGGACGUGGGGGUAAAGAAGGGGCAGUAAGCAAGUGUAUGACUUGCAGGGGGAAUGGUAUCCAAGUGAGAAUUCAACAAAUUGGCCCAGGAAUGAUGCAGCAGAUUCAGUCCACAUGCCGUGACUGUGAUGGAAAGGGAGAAAGGAUUAACGCCAAGGAUCGCUGCAAGACUUGUCACGGAAAGAAAGUUGUGAAACAAAAUAAAAUUUUGGAAGUUCAUGUUGAUAAGGGUAUGAAUGAAGGUCAAAAGGUUGUCUUUCAUGGUGAAGGAGACCAAGAACCUGGACUUGAAGCAGGGGAUGUGGUUAUUGUUCUCGUCGAAAAAGAGCAUCCCACUUUACACAGAGAAAAUGAGGAUUUGUUGAUGAAGAUGGACAUCAACAUCAGUGAAGCGUUGUGUGGAUUCUCACGAGUGAUUAGAACAUUAGAUGGCAGAGAUAUUGUUGUCACCUCUCUUCCUGGUGAAGUGAUAAAGUAUGCGGACAUUAAAUGUGUACAUGGAGAAGGCAUGCCAAUAUAUCGAGAUCCGUUCCAGAAAGGUCGUUUGAUCAUUCAGUUCAAAGUGAAUUUCCCAGAGAACAAUUGGAUCACUCCUGAUAGUAUUAAAAAAUUGGAAAAACUUCUUCCAAGUAAGGAAGAAGUAAUCAUCACUGAUGAUAUGGAAGAAGUCAGUUUGCAAGAAUGCGAUCCUAACCAUCGAUCCAAAUCAUCUGGAAGAAACGCUUAUGACGAAGAUGAUGAGGAUGGUCCUCACGGAAGAGGGAUGCAGUGCCAAACUCACUAAAAUAAAAACAUCUAUGUCCCGUUGGUCUUGGUUCUGUCACUCAAUUUACAUGUACCUGGUUCUUUCACUGGUGUAAUUAUAUGGUUGGACAUUUUAGUUCCCAGCUGUGCAAAAAUUCCAAGUUCUUUGUCAGAAAUUCUAUCUUAUAAAUUAGCAUUUCCAUGAAGGUCUAAAUCUCCCACAACCUCACUAUUGUGCUAGAGUGUCAGCAUUAACUAUUUGUUUUUGAGUUCGAUAAAAAAUGUAUAUACCUGGGCUUUAAAUGUUAAAAAAAUAUUUAACUUAUGACUUCUGAUUAAAUUGUAGGCAAUUUUUUUUUGUAUAUAAAAACCAUUGCACGCUUACACAAAAGUAGUGUUUGGUUUAAAAAUGCGAAUUUUUAACUGAUUCAUUCUCCCUUGUGCUCCUCUUGUUUUGUGUUUUUCACAUUACUCACUUUCCUGUUUGAACCAACCAAUUUCUACUGAUACCUUUAUGGAACAGCUGGCUCAUUUUAGUAUCAAAUAUAAAUUGAGGAGUGCGAAUGUACGAUAUUGUUUUAAUGUGCACACUGGUUUUAAUUGUAGUCCUGCCUAGCCAGUAUUGGCUAUGUGUAAAUGUCACAUCCAAGUUCUCAUUAGUUAAUUUUGUUUCUGCAUUUCAAAUUACCUUAAUAUUAUGCUGAUACCCUUUUGAGAUAUUGUGUUGUGACCAAACAUCAAAACUCAAAUUAUGA